UCCAUGGCUGGGCAGGAGCUGCAGAAAGGCAAUGCAUCCCUUCUCCCCACUGACAUCAGCCCUGGCUCGGUGGCUAAGCUGGCAACCCUGGGCAUCAUCGCCUGUGUCAGCCUGCUGGGCAAUCUCCUGUUUGCCUUCAUCACCCUGAGAGACAAGAGCCUGCACAGGACUCCCUAUUACCUGAUGCUGGAUCUGUGCAUUGGAGAUUUCAUCCGUUCGCUGCUUUGUUUCCCUCUGGUGCUGAAAUCCAUCAGCAGCGGCUCCCAAUGGACCUACAGCAAGAGGAGCUGCAGGAUCAUGGCCUUCGGAGCUGUCCUUCUUUGCUUCCAUGCUGCCUUCCUGCUCCUGUCCAUCAGUCUGACCAGGUACAUGGCCAUAGCCCACCACAGGUUCUACUGCAAGAGGAUGACAGGUUGGGCAUGCCUCCUGGUCAUUGCCAUGGCAUGGAUCCUGUCCAUGGCAAUGGCCCUACCACCUGUCUUUGAGGUGGGCACCUACAAGUUCAUUAAGGAGGAAGAUCAAUGCACUUUUGAGCAUCGUUAUGUCAAAGCUAAUGACAGCCUGGGCUUUCUUCUGAUGCUGGUCUUCAUUGUGGGGGCCACACACUUUGUCUACAUGAAGCUGCUCUUCUUCAUCUAUGACCAUAGGAAGAUGAAGCCUGCCCAGUUGACUCCAGCCAUCAGCCAGAACUGGAGCUUUCAUGGACCUGGGGCUGCUGGCCAAGCAGCUGCCAACUGGAUUGCAGGAUUUGGAAGAGGCCCAACACCACCCACUUUGGUGGGCAUGAGGCAGACCACCCAGAGCCAGAUCAGGAGGCUUCUGGUGCUGGAAGAAUUCAAGCUAGAGAAGAGGCUUAGCAAGAUGUUCUAUGUCAUCACCUUCCUAUUUCUUCUCUUCUGGGCCCCUUACCUAGUGGCUUGCUAUCUUAGGGUCUUCGUGAGGCCUUCUCCUCUCCCUCAGGGGUAUAUGACUGUGGCAGUCUGGUUAACAUUUGCUCAGGCUGGAGUAAACCCCAUCGUCUGCUUCCUGCUGAACAAAGAAGUCAGGUUGUGUCUGAGAUCAUAUAUGCCUUGCAGGAACACCCAAACACAAAGGGAACCCUACAUUGAUACAUAACAUCACAGUGUAACCCCUGGAAGAUGCAAGGUUUGACCAGUGGGGCUAUUGUAUUCCAUUAUGCCAGGGAUGGGUUGGAGUAGAUGAUACCAUCCACUACUCCCAACAUGUUCCAUUUGUGAUUCACAGGAUGGCAUGAUGUUGUGUUGCCUGGGUGCAGUGCUGGGGGCUGUGGCAUUGGUACCAGUCAUUCAUUCAGAACCAUGUGGCUGUUGUAGGGCAGCAGGUGACUGAGCUGUCAAUCAUGACACUCAUUAUGAUGAUGAGGGUUGCAGGAGGCAGCUAGGCUACAGAGUAUCAGGAUGAAGACUGGAUACAUUCUGGGUAACCAUGGAAA